AUGUACUCGUUGGAUGGUUUCAGUAAAGACUCCAUAGAGCUCAACGAAACGCAACACUUUCAACUGUUCGGAGAAGAAGUGACACUUGUGAAACGAGCUUUUCUCUCCUUUGAUGCUGUAUGUCAUGUUGAAGCAUACCCCCUAAAAAUGGUGUCCGUGAAUAGAGCUGAAAAAAGAUAUGAUUGGAAUCAUAUCAGAGAAUUCCGAAUGGAUCAAGAAAUGAGAUCACAAGAUGAACGAAUCAAUUUCUUCUUUUGUACAGAGCCCAGAGCAACGGAGUUCAGUCAGAUGGUCACGAUUACCGAGGGUCAAGACUUCCAAAUGGUUUACUUAAUGAUGCCUCUCUUGGCUUUGUGCCUCAUCAUGUCUGCCACAUUCUCAGGACUCAAUUUGGCAAUUAUGUCGUUUAGCAUUAACGACUUGAAGCUCAUCCAAGGAAGUGACAGUAAUCUCAGAAAUCGACAACGCGCGGGAGAUGUUUUACGUCUUCGAAGACACAGCAAUUAUGUUCUGGUGACAAUCAUAUUUGGAAAUUGCUUUUGUAAUACUUCCAUCACACUGUUGCUCAAUUAUUUUGGUGACGUUUAUGGAUUCGGAGAGUUUGGAUACGUCGAAUUGACGGCUACAAUACUUUUGCUCAUUUUCACGGAGAUUCUGCCGUCUUUGAUUUUUACGAAAAACGCCCUGCCAAUUGCCAGUGGAAUGCAAUAUUUUGUGAUUUUCGCAAUGAUCGUUACCAUGCCGAUCAGCUAUCCGCUUUCGAAGCUUUUAGACCGAAUUCUGGGCAAAGAAAAUGCCGACGAAGCAGCACCAAUGGAAGUUGAUUCGGUUCAGUUGGUGGCGAUGAUCGAUGAGAAGCUGGACGAUGGAGAAGUUGGUAUGAUGAAUGUUGUUCAAAGGGCACUGGAUCUGCGCAAAAAACGAGCUGAAGACGUGAUGACUCCGAUAACAGAAGUGGAAGUGAUAAGUGAGGAUAUGGUGAUAACCAAGGAAUUCUUGACAGACUCGUUUGAUCGGGGAUUCUCCAGAUUACCAGUGCACGAUAAGGAUAAUGAGAAUAAAAUCUGUGGAGUUUUGAAUCUCUUCGAUGCAAUGCUCCUAAUGGAUGACCAGGGUCGAGGUCUGACCACAGAUCUAACCGCAGGAACCCUUCUAAGCGUCCUUGAGAAACGAAGAAAGCACUGCUUUGUCCUCAACUCUCUUCCCGUUCAGCAGUUCAUGGUUGAGUUGCAAAGAGGAUGUACCAUGGCGAUUGUGGUACAGUACCUUGGAGAUAAAUCUGACGUAGAUGCGGAAGAAAGACUUGAAGAACUGGAAAAGAAGGAGUUGGAAAAGUUGAAAGCAAAAGAAGAAACAUACGUGGAAGUGGAAGAGGAUGAGUCGGAAAGAGAAAAGGAGAAAAUGGCAAAGGCGUUGAGAAGAGAGAGCUAUCAAGUGAUUGGAAUCAUCACCAUGGAGGAUUAUAUGGAGGAAGUGAUUGGAGAGAUAAUGGAUGAGAAGGAUAAGAAAGAAGUGAAAACCAAAUGA